UUUCUAAUAAGAGGACAUGCAUGUUACUCCUUCCUUUCUUCAACAGUGGUUUUGAAAAAAUCAGCAGAAAUUCUUAAUAAACAAACAGCAAAGACAAUCCUAACAAACGAUGGCUGCAACUUCAGCUGAUUUUCUGAACAUUCUUCCAUACAGGGAAGUCAUCUGGAGUAACCAAACUGACCUAGCCAGAAACUUCUCAGAAAUCCAAAACAAUGCCAGUUGUCCAUUAAAUGAAGAUUCGUUGUCAUUUGCUUUAAUACUUUUUUACUCCAUUAUUUUUGUCAUUGGAUUGGCUGGAAAUAUCAUAGCCCUGUGUGCUUUCCUCUGCAUUCACCAGAAAAGGAACUCUAUACAAGUUUACUUACUAAAUGUAGCUAUUGCAGACCUUCUGCUGAUAUUCUGUCUUCCAUUCCGAAUACUGUAUCACAUUGCCAGAAACACCUGGAUGUUUGGAUUGAUUUUAUGCAAGAUUGUAGGGACUCUAUUUUAUAUGAACAUGUAUAUUAGCAUAGUGCUGUUGGGACUAAUUAGUUUAGAUCGUUAUGUAAAAAUAAAUAAGUCCGUGAAGCGUAAAAUGUUAACUACUACACGAAGUAUAUAUAUUUGUUGCACAGUGUGGGCACUUGCACUGAUAGGAUUUAUAAUAGUAGUCGCACCAUCUUUCUUUACGAGUGAAGAAGGCAAUUCUACUAUGUGCUUUCAUUACAGAAAUAAACACAAGGCAAAGACAGAAGCAAUUUUAAAUUAUAUUAUUGUUAUCAUUUUUUGGAUAGUUUUUUUCCUUUUGAUACUUUCAUAUGUUAAAAUUGCUAAGAACCUUCUGAGAAUUUCUAAGAAAAGAGCUAAUUUUCCUAAUGCAGGAAAAUACACCCAGACAGCAAGGAAUUCCUUCAUCGUACUCAUUAUUUUCACCAUAUGUUUUGUUCCUUAUCAUGUGUUCCGAUUCAUCUACAUUACAUCACAAUUACAAAAUCCAUCUUGCUACUGGAAGGAGAUCAUUCACAAAUGCAAUGAGGUUAUGCUUAUAUUUUCAUCUUUUAACAGCUGCUUAGACCCAGUUAUGUAUUUCCUAAUGUCCAGAAGUGUGCGUAAGACUGUAUUUCAACUUAUUUGUAGAAGACUUCAUGGGGAUUCAACCGUAAAUUUAGAAAGUACUUCAGAAAUGCAACUUGGACAAUAUACACAAGAGCGAUUAUCUACUAUCACUCCCUAUUCAAGUUCUUUAAAGAAGAAGUCUCUCACCUGAUCGUUUAAAUUAGCAGAUAAUGACUUCUCUUUGUCUUUUUAGGAUGUCAAUUUAAGAUGUACCAAGGUAAUACUACACAGCUACUAAUCCUGCCUCUUUCUUCCUGUUGAGAAAUGAGAAGUCUUCUGUUCAUGAAAAGGAGAAGUGACUUUUUAGAAGUAUUUUACUUUCUUUAUCCAAGAAAACAACUUUAAGGAAGCUUCCCAUUUUAUCUCAGACAUCUUCUACUGAACUAAUGUAGAACACUAACUCUUUGGGGAGAUUUCCACAAAGUGGUUUUAACCUGUAUAUACAAAGAAUCUUGUACAUACACAGUAGUACUGCCAAUUGUGUACGUAAACAACAUGACUUUUGCAAAAGUAAUGCUUCCGUGUCCUAUUCAAAAGGGCUAUGUUACUUAUUAUGGAUUUCCUAUAUUCCUCUGUUUUAAUAGGUUUCAGAGAUCAAUGUUUUUACUGCAUUUAUAGAACUAUUUUUUUCAGGCGAAUAUUUGAGAAUUUAGCAAUGUACAUGGCUUAGCAAUGAGCUAAGAAUAAGACAGCCACUAAUUCAGUUAUUA